AUGGUUUUGUAUGUUAUGCGUCAUACACGCAUCGCCGCCUCUGACCUCGGACCAUCCCAGCUGUUGCUUCUUUUUCUUCAGCUGACUUCGAUGGCCGUUCUGACGGGCAGCGUGGACAGGCGUUACGACCACCACUUGCUGGGAACGAGCCUGGUGUGGAACAGUUCUUACGACCCACGAGCUGUCAUCCACAGUCGGUUCCAGAUGACCCGAGCCGGGCGCGUGUUAGUCGUGUCCCCACGCUUCCGGCCCGGGGUCCCGUUCACUUUGGGCUCGUUCCGAACAGCUGGGAGCGGGGAUAAGUGUGUCGUCGAACCGGAUGUGCUGGCACUGCCUUCCACGACACAAGCUCACCUGGCCGAAACUCGGAUACCGUCGGCCAGCAAAGACUCGUCCCCGGCCCCUCUCGUCAACGUCAUCGACCUCAGCAUCGAAGACAUCACUGACGUGGUGUGGCUGUUGGACGUGGGCUUGGUGGACACGAUGACCGGCAGUCCAAGACGUGUUGCCCCGGCUAAGGUCGUCAGGCUGGAAAUCGACGACGAUCAGGACCACCGAGGACCCCCAAAGUCGUCGUACAAGACGUUCGAGAUCAAGACAGCGGCGGCCGAUACCGCGGACGAUUGCAGCGAGGCCUCGUCGUGUCUGCAGUACAUCUUGACGUACCGUUCGCGGACUGGAGAACGCAACCAUUACGCUUUCGUGUCGGACGCGGCCCGGAGUACGGUGCUGGUGCUCAACACGGAUACGGGAGCCCAGUGGGCCAUGGACUUUCCACAAAAGGCGACGGGACACGAAGCGGCGCCGCGGGACAUAUUGUUCAUGGUGCUGCUGAGGAUGGCCAACGGUCAGACAUGGCUGUACACCACGUUCAUGUCCGGUUGCAAAGUGUUCGCCGUCGACCUCGAGUACAUCGAUCGGUGUACGUUGGACGGGGCCCAGCCAGCGAUCGUCGAGAUAGGACACAAACCGUACCGGAUCACUGUGCUCGGUACGGACACCGGCAGCCGCAUGUACUUCCGGCGGCCCACCGAGAACGAGAUAUGGGCGUGGGACGCCAACUAUGGCCCAUUUCACCCUCUCGGCUUCAAACUGGUGUCCAAGGGCACAGACUGCAGAGCACCGGUGCACGUGGCCCCCGGCUACGGUGGGUUCGUUUACGUGCUCAGGAACAACUUUGCCGACUAUGUGCUCAAAAGCACCGGUUCGAUGGGUGCUUACAGCCUCAUACACCCUGUGAUCACGUUGCCCUCGUCCUGUUCGAUAUCCACGACUACCGCGGUGCCGUCCAAAGCCGAUGUUUGCUAA